AUGUCGACGUCACGGAGAGCCAGCGGGUCAACCGUACCAUUUACGCCGAGACCGGCGAGGAAAGCGAGCGGGUCGAAGUAUAGCUUGACGGAUCAGGAGUUUACAAAAGUCGCUGGAACGCUCGCUUCGGUCCGGAAAGUAAGACCGGACGCUAUCGUCGAAGAAUUGGACGUCUCGGGGGAUGCUGCUACUCUGCUUCGACAGAAGCGUAAGUCUGUAUACCUGAGAUACACUGAAAGAGAACAAGCUGAAGGGUCAGUGAACGGCUAUGCCACUCAUACUGUCUCAGCUGCCGAACCAUCUCGGCCUUCCUCCUCCCGGUCUAUCCCUUCAGACCCCUCAUCCUCCCGUCACGCCGGUCCCUCUUCGUCUUCACACCACCGAUCUUCCUCCUCGCAAGGGUACCUGCCUCGCAAUGGAAAGGCGGCAGAACGCAUCCGGGAGCGGGAGAUAGAAGUGGAUGUCAGGAUAGAGAAUAGGGUGAUUGAGGAGUAUGAGGAAGAGGAGGAAGUAGCGCCCGAGGUGGCCGAGCGGUUGCUGGAUGGAGUACCGCUGGAGGUGCAGGAGGCGUGGAUAUGCGAGGAUCUGAUGUUUGUGCUGCAGGGUGUCGAGGGGCAGCUGAUACGGUAUCAUGAAUGUUAUGACCCGCUUGAUGAGGUACAGCGGUUGAAGGGAGCCGAGUGGAGGGUGGAUCUAUCAUUAGAUCCAUCGUUACUAUCACUGGUAGAACGCCUGUUACCCCUAGCAUCUGCCUUCACAUCAGUCGAGGCCUCCAUGGAGCUCCGCGGUAACCCAGAAUACGGAAUGGUCAGCCACGCCCUAUGCAGCGGUAUUCGCCAAAUGCUCAAGGAGUACCGAGUCGUCACCGCCCAACUCGAAUCCCUCUUUCUCCAGUCUUCCACUUUCACCUUGCAAACCCUCUACUUUCACCUGCAUCCGACGCUACACACCAUGACCCUCCUUUCCGCUUUAUGUCAGUCGCUCGAGACGGACAGUAUCCCGAUGGAUAACUCGGACGCAACAGACGAGGACGAUGAUGGGCUUGGAGGGAUGGCAGCGGAGCUGGGACUGGGAGGCGCGGGGCUCAAGGGACUGAUGAAGAAUCUUAAUGCGCAGGAAGGGCUGGAUGGAGGUGGGCUUGUCUUGGGUGGGGAGGUAUUGGGGAUAGUAUCCGACCGGGAUGCGACGAUGAGCGGAGAUCCCACAGCGUCAACGCUACACUCAAAUCUGCUACUACACGCUUCUCAGCCGUACACCCGGAUGCUGCUUCGGUGGAUCACGACCGGACACCUCUCAGAUCCAUUCGACGAGUUCAUGGUCAAGGAGAGUGGGCAUAUUACUAAGGGCGUACUCGAGAGUGACUAUACCGACGAGUACUGGGAGAGGCGGUAUACGCUUCGAGACGGCUCAUCGAUCACAUCCGCCAAAGUCGGCUCUACCAAGACUCCCACACUCUCCGCUGCAGCUCCACCACCUCGUCCUGGUUCAAAUCGCCUACCCGGAGGAGCGUGUAUACCGGCCUUUCUCCAGCCGUGGAAGCACAAGAUACUGCUGGCGGGCAAGUACCUGAAUGUGAUUCGGGAAUGCGGGAUCGAGGUGAAGAAGCCGGAGGAGGCGGAGGAGGCGGAUAUUGUGGUCGUGAAUGAAGCAAAGUUCUACAAGCGGAUAGAGGACGCCUAUAUCCACGCCAACAAGACGCUGCUGAAGUUGAUGAUCGACGAGCAGGAGCUUACACCGCAUCUCCGAUCCAUGAAGCACUGGUUCUUCUUGGACCAGUCCGACUUUCUUACCAACUUCCUCGACCUCGCUGGUCCCGAGCUGCGCAAGCCCGCCAAGAGCGCGUCCCUCGUCAAACUCCAAUCCCUCCUUGACCUCGCCGUCCGCAAUCCCUCCAGCUCGAGCUCGAACGACCCAUACAAGGACGAUCUCAAAGUCACUCUGCAGAGCCAAGGGCUGUAUGAGUGGCUUUUGAAGAUCGUCUCGCGUACGGGGAACGUCAAUGACGAUGGCGAGCUCGAGUUUGUGAUGGACGAACAAGAGGAUACGGCCAAGCGAGGCGAGAAGGAGCGGACUCUCCUCGCCAUCGACGCGCUAGCAUUCGACUACUCGGUCAAAUUCCCCUUAUCCCUCGUCAUCUCCCGCAAAACCAUCACGCGGUAUCAACUCAUCUUUCGCUUCCUCCUUCACCUGCACUACCUCGAAUCGGCUCUCUCGGCGAUGUGGCUAGAACACAAGGCGCCGCAGUGGCGGAGCGACAGUGGGAAUGAGGAUUUGGAGAAGUGGAAGCGGCGGAUCUUUCUACUGAGGGAUAGGAUGCUGGCGUUUGUGCGACAGAUCCUGGCGUUUGCGACGGGAGAGGUGCUGGAGCAGAACUGGAGGAUAUUGGAGGGGAAACUGGCGAAUGUCCAGACGGUGGAUCAGCUGCUGCGGGAUCACGUCGACUUUCUGGAUACGUGCUUGAAGCAGUGCAUGUUGACGACGUCAAAGCUGCUCGGAGUCUACGCCAAGCUCAUGAAUACGAUGUCGACCUUUGCCCUUUAUCAAACCCGCUUCGAUGAAGCUCUCGCCAACUACGCCCGAGAUCCAGAUGGCGAGUCGGACCCUGCCAAGUCGAGUCAGAGGUGGACUGUGCUCCAAAAGUUCGAGAUCAACUACAACCACCAUACCAAGCUUCAUCUCGAUGCUGUAACAUAUAAUGCCGGAUCGGAAAAUGUCGCUCUGCUAGCUCUAGUAACCAGGCUACAUCAGACUACAUUGCGGACAUGA